UGUGUAUCUAUUCCUUAGGCAAUGAUACUCAACAUGUAGAGUUAUAAGAGCUCUUAGGGCACCAAAAUAUUCCAAUCUUGCAAUGGUUGAAAUCUUAAUCAAUAUGUUAUGCUUUAUUCUCUUCACAUGUGAAACUCAAGUAAUUAUUUCAAGUGCCAUAAAUCAUAAUCUUUCUUAUAAAUAUACAGCCAAAUCAUUUCACAUUCAUACACAUCCAAUUUUCUUGAAAAUGAGUUCACUAACUACCCCUUCUACCUUGAUUCCAAAUAAAAAAUCCCCAACAAUUUCCCAAUUUUCUUUUCAUCCAAAAAAGAAACUACAACUUCAUCAUGACCAAAAAUAUAUUUCUAGUUUUGUUGAUUUAAACCAAGUUUCAUCCAAAAGGAAUUGCCUAUUAUACCCUUUGAAAUGUAAUGCUAAGGAUAAUUCAGAAAAUAAUAAUCCAGAAGAUCAAGGUCAAAGAGCUAUUGAAACAGUACAAAAACUUUAUAAUUCACUACAAAAUAAAAAUCUUAAUGAACUUUAUGAUAUAAUUGGAGAGGAAUGUAGAUGUAUUAGCAAUGUUGCUUCUUCCUUACAAACUUUCUAUGGCAAGGAGCAAGUAAUAAAUUUCUUCAAUUCAAUCAAUAAAUUCUUGGGGGAUAAUAGUAACGUUGAGUUUGUUAUUAUUCCCACUAAUGAUGGAACAACUGUUGGGGUUGCUUGGGAAACAGCAAGCGAUGACACUCAUAUUCCUAUUGGAAAAGGUUUCGGAGUCUAUUAUUGCUAUUAUUACAAGGGCAAGAUGACGAUAAGGAAUGUGGAGAUAUUCAUGGAGCCACUCCUUCGUAUCGAGCCACUUAGAUUGAAAAUAUCAUCCUUUCUUUUGAGAGCAAUUCAAAAGAUGACAGAGCUUUUCAAGGGAAAGAAGAAACAGGCUAUCAAAAUCUUGUCUAUGAUUCUACUAUUUGUAGCUCUACUGUACUUGAUCAAGAACUCUAGGAACUUCAUAUAAUUGACUAACAAAAGUAUUUGUAGUUACG